CGCGUGUGUACCAAUAACUUUCUACAAUACUAUACCACUUGUGUAAGAUGGAAACGUUGUGAUUAUAGGUAUAAAGGUAGGAGCGGGAUUAUUGCGAGUUAUUCGUUUAUACGUUUAUUUAUAAACGUUUAGAGACCCUACAUUUAAACUGAUAAUUCAUUCGUGAAAAUUUUAUUGUUAAUCAGUGAUAACAUAAUAUAUUUGUGGUAAACUGUAAACAUGUCGGACGAAAAGAAGGAAACUAAAACAGAAUCAGAACACAUAAAUCUAAAAGUUCUGGGCCAGGAUAGUGCAGUGGUUCAAUUUAAAAUAAAAAAACACACACCACUAAGGAAAUUAAUGAAUGCCUACUGUGAUCGUGUGGGCUUGGCAAUAGCAGCAGUAAGGUUUAGAUUUGAUGGACAACCUAUAAAUGAAUUAGAUACCCCAACAACCCUUGAAAUGGAAGAAGGAGAUACAAUAGAAGUUUAUCAACAACAAACAGGAGGAGGAUUGUGUUGAGAUUUAAGAUUGUCCUUUAAUAGUUUGAAAAUGGACUUGAUAAAAAAUUUCUGUUCCAGUGCUUAUUGCAGAAAAGAGGCAUAAAUUAUUUUCUAUCUUUCCUCUCACGACAGAAUAUUUUAUUUCAUGAUAUAAUAUGGAAGAGUUGUUUACACUUUUUAUAUACAUAAAACUUAAUAUCUAAGUACAGUUCAGUCUUGUUCCUUUUAUUAAAAAGUAAUUUUUUACAUACAUAUAUUUUAUUGUUUAAUAUCAUAAAAUAAUAAUCUAAGAUUUUAGUGAUUUUUCAAACAAUAUUUUUACUCAAAGUAUUUCAUUAUCUUACUUUUGUCUGGAUAUAAUUAGUGGUAAUUUCUAUUAUUCUAAUAACAUAUUACAUUAGUUUACAAUAUGAAUUCGGCUGCAACAUUGUACAACAAACUUACUGCUACAUUAUUGUUAACAAUAUACAUUGUAAAUUGAGGCGUAUUAAUUGUCUCUUUAAUGUUUUUGCACUAUGUAAAAAAAGUCUACGUUAUACGAACACAUAUUGUUUACAUAAUAUUAUUACAAAAUUUUACAUGUAGUUAC